AUGUCUGAAGAUUCAUUUGUCGACGGCGAUGCGGAGGCAGCCAUGCGCGCCAUGAUGGGAUUCGCUUCUUUCUCAACUCGCCGUCCCAGAGAACAAGCUCAAGCACCACGGUCACUACAAUCACCUCCACAUGCCGAACAAAUGGGAGCUCCCCCACAAGCCAACUCCACCUUCUCAACCCAUGACACAGACUCCCGAGACUCCUUCGAGACCUUAUAUUCGCAACCUCAACCUCCAGCCCAGUCUCAGGCCGAGGCUCAACUAGGCGACAAUAAUGAUGGCCAACCACCCUAUCCACAACCGGCCCUUGAUGAAGCAGCAUCUGUUCUUGGUAUGCCUCCAACACCGAGCGAACGCUCCUAUUCCACCCACGGAACGAGCUACGCCUUCAGCGCCCCGAACAGCAACACAUUCUACACUCGCGCCGAGCUCGACGAAUGGGCCAGAGGCAAGGUCAACGCCAGAGGCGACGUAGUCUACUUCAAACCGGCAUUUGUAUCCGACGAUCCAUGGGCCAGGCUAAGACCAUCGAGAGGACAGGACUGA